ACUUUCUAGCCGUCACAUUCAAUAGCCACGCGCAUCAAGCCAUUCCCAGCCUACACUGCCUACACUGCGUCCCUAGCGCUCUUUUUUCAUUGCACAAGUCACAGCAUUCUCCUCGCCUCAUUCCCCAUUCAACCAUCCAAUGUCCGUUCGCUCCUUCACAGUCUUCCAGGACACUCCAACCGAGAUUCAGAAGAUCACUCAUGUUAGCGAUAAAAAUCUCGUGACGUCAACAGCUGCGGAUGCCGCUGCCACAUUACUAUCAACCCUUGCCGCUAUCGAGAAGGAGAACCUUCAUCCGCUUACAGGUCAACGCGCUACUCAAUCCACCACAAAUCCGUCCAAGAAGCGCAAGACAGCAGUUUUAGUCACAAAAGUGGUCGCUCCUCUGCCGUCUUCCAAGAAGCAGAAAGAACUCAAGUCGGAAUCAAAGAAAUUGCGCAAAUCAGCCACUGGUAAUGGAAACAAAAGUGAUGGCUGUAAAAAAGUUCCUAGAGGAUCACGCCCUGUACGCAAGGCUUCCCCUUUGCCAAGAGUCGAUGAGGAACAGGAAAUUUCAACCGCAACUCCAAGUCAGCGAGAUCCCACUCGUCUUAUCAUUUCCCAGGCCAAGAUAGACUCAAAGUGCUACGAGCUUACCGUAUCACCCUUGGCAGACGUCUCUGAAGCGUAUGAUACCGCAACAGAAACUUCGGAUCAAGAGUCUGUGUUUGACAAAAAACAGUCUGUCGAACCUGAGCUUCACGAUUAUUUCUCUUCCACAACAUCGCACGCCUCGUUAUCAUCUGAGCAAGCGGAGGCUAUUCCUCUUGCUUCAAGGGCCGCUUCCGAUACUGGAUUAUCCACUCCAAAGCGCAAACAAAUGUACUCGGCAUUUACCUUUUCAUCUCCGUCGCCUUCAUCGAAACGUUUUAAAGAAGCUUGGUCAUCCCCCAACAACAAGACCAACGCCUCCCAUUCAGAAUCAUAAUAUAUGUCAUAUAUACCCGUCGUGAGCCCUUUGAGCCACCACUUUAUUGACACUUGCACACGUACAAUUUACUAUCACAUCUUACCCCCCAUCUAUCUUCACAUUC